UUCUCCUCCUCCUCACAAUUUCUUUUUGACUUUUCCUCAUCAUUCUUUGCUUUGACUCGUCAGUCUUCCUUUUUUUGAUCAUACUCCUCCUCCUCCUCUUGAUCUCAAUCCUCAGCUUCUUCUUCUUCUUCUUUACCUUCUUCGCUCAUCACCCACUCGCUGCAACAAUGUCUAAUUUCACUUAUACUUCUGCUUUCAACUUAUCUGAAUCUCCUUUCAAUUCCGCAAUCGCUUCUUCUUCUUCUGCUCCCUCCUCUGCGUUCGUAGCCUCCGACGAUGAUACCGACGACGCUUGCAGCAUCUGUCUCGAGCCUUUCACUCCCCAGGACCCUUCCACUGUUACCAGUUGCAAACAUGAAUAUCACCUUCAGUGCAUCAUUGAAUGGUCACAGAGAAGCAAAGAGUGUCCUAUUUGCUGGCAAUUGUUUGUUUUGAAAGAUCCUGCUAGCCAAGAGCUUUUGUCUGCUGUGGAAAAGGAAAGAAUGAUGAAAACCAGGAACAUAUCUUCAUCCUCUCCAAGAUCUAUUCAUCACUCUCAUGAGGAUUUUUACUCAGAAGAGGAGGAAUCACAGUUUAGCAGCUUUGAUGAACAGUUCUUGAGGCAUCUCACUGAAGCUGCUCAUAGACGUUGUUUGCUUCGCAGAAGAGAGACUCAAACAUCCUCCAAUGAUUUCAACACGGUUCAUCCUACUGAUAUGACCAGUCUUGAUCACAUCUCUGCUAUUAUCUCCCGUGUUGAACAUCAGAACACAAACCCUUGUCCGAGUCCUGACUCAACGACCCCGCCUCGUCCUGUCUCUGGUCACUCUUCUGUUCCUGCAGAUAGCAACAACGGAUCAAGAAUCUCCCCUGGCCUUUCUCCAUCUAGUUCAUCUCAAAGUCCAGAUCCAUCUGAAGGGUCCUCUCUUCCGGAAGCCAUUAAAUCCAAACUAGCUGCUGCUUCUGCAAGGUACAAAGAAUCCAUCUCUAAAAGCAAACAAGGUCUUAAGGAGAAGCUACUUGCUCGCAACAGCUCAGUGAAAGAACUGAGCAAAGGAGUGCAACGUGAGAUUAACGCAGGAAUAGCUGGGGUUGCACGGAUGAUCGAACGCUUCGAUCUUUCUUCAAAACGUUUUGGAAGUUCUGCUCAUGUAUCAACCUCCACCACUACUUCUGCUUCUGGUUUCAACUUCUCAUUCAAAGGGAAGCGUGUUGAAGCUAAUUCCAAGUCUACCAACAAUGGAGACAAAACCGAAACCCACAAGCUGCAGGGAGGAGAAUCGUGCUAAGUAAAGCUGACGAAGAGAUAGACCUAUAAUGCAAGCGAUGUACGUUCUCAUGGAAUCAACUUACCCCGUUGGUCUUCGCAUCCUGCAUUGUUCAGAGCUCAUGGUCUCUCUCUCUCUCUCUCUCUUUCUCUUUUUGGCGAUUUGGUACGUGGUAGACUAAAAUAAGCAAAAUCCUUCUCUGAGUAAUCUUAUUUAUUACUCAGAUUUUCAAGGAGGCAAAACUUUAUAUUAUUAAUUAAUGUUUUAUGUUUUCACUUUUAGAAUUGGCUUUGGAUAACUCGACUGUUACUCGCUAUCGCAUUAUGUAAUAGAUGUAAGAAAUUUAAAAGCAAAACCCUAAUUUGGUUAGGACAUAAAACACCUACAUACUUGCAGGAUAAGGACUUUAUUAACAGCUCUAUAUAAUAAACUCAUGGCAUACAAAGCUUCAGACAUAAAAUUAGAUUGUGGAGAGAGCCAAAACAAGAAGAAGGCAAAGACAGAGGGACUUAACAAAGUUGAUACUUAAGCUUAGAUUGUGAAGAACCAAACAAAACAAAGAAGGCAAAUACAGAGAGAGAAAGAGACAUACAAAGUUGUGCAGUCGCAGACGUAAGAUUAGGCAAAGACAGUGAUGACAGGAGAACCUUCUCUUUGCAUUAGAGGCUGUGGCUUCUUCAGCACGUUACAGACCAAGAACCUGUGUUCUAAGUGCUACAACGAUUUUUUAAAAGAUGAGUCUGCCAGAUACUUGACCACUUUGAGUAUCGACACGGAAACAGCGGAGGCGGAGGCGGCUGAAGAAGCGACGGUUGUGGUAGAGAAGACGAAGAAGAAGAAUGGUAGAUGUAAUGCGUGCAAGAAGAAGGUGGGGCUGCUAGGGUUUCAGUGUAGAUGUGGCCACGUGUUCUGCGGGUCCCAUCGUUACCCGGAGGAGCAUUCUUGUCCAUCGGAUUACAAAUCUGCCGCCAUUAAAAAUUUAGUUAUCCAAAACCCUGUCAUCAAGGGUGAUAAACUGUAUAGACUCUAGUUAGUGUUGUCUUUGGUUAUUGUUUUUCCAGCUUUUUUUGUCUAUAAUCUUUUUGCUUUUUUAAUUAAUAGAUUUUUUGAUUAACAAGACUAAAACAUGUUCUUUUUUUUGUUUUGACAUCAUUGGAACUAGUAGAACAUGC